AUGCUUAAAACAAUUAUAAAAGUGUUUUUUGCAUUAACGACAGGUUGUUAUGCAACCGUCAAUUGUCCACCGAAUAAACAAGGUGAAGUACUUGCAUGCGAGCUUGCGUGUUGCGAAAUUUUAAAUGCUACUUUUGAGGAUUAUCUCUGUUGCGAAUUGGAGGACGAUCAAAUUGUUCGUAAUACGAUCUCAAAGCACAAUCGACCACAGCGUUUCAUUGCUUAUGGCAGUAAUUUUCAGAUUGAUUACACAUUACUUAUCAUUGGAUUGAUCAUUAGUAUAAUCCUGAGUGUUCUUUGCUCAUUUUUCUGCUGCCUUCUGUGCAACGGAUGUUGGCUUCAUCGACGACGUAAUCCACAAUUGUACGAAUCCGUAAACGAUACGGGAUUCUACCCAUUAUGCUGCGGAUUUGGGAUUCCGAUGGGAACCAUAGUGUUUAGUACGCAUCCGCCACAAUUUCGGGAUGAAUCGGAGCUUUAUACCGGAUCAUCAGCUUCCUCAUUUGGUAAUCGGGGCCGAGUCCGAUUUAAUGACGAUGGUACUCCACGUACAGUAUUGAAAAGCAAUUUGAAUACACAUCCAGGGUCGUGA